GUGGAGGGAGUGUGACGUACUCCACCACUAGAGUCUGUGGUCUUAAAGGGGCAUCAGUGGUCCUGCCCUGCAAAUAUGACUACUCCUGGAUUGGUCACUAUGUCGGAGGAGAGUGGUUUGAAGAGAGGAGUGGGAGAGUCAGACAACACAGCAACUCUAAAUAUCCUGACUGCAGCCUGAAACUAGACAAACUUACAAAUGAUCAGUCUGGUGUUUACCACUUUCGGUUUUACACAUUCCUUCACCGGAGUUGGAUAACAAGCAAACCUGGGAUUACAGUGACUGUUACUGAUUUGGAAGUAAAUGAAGUUGAAGGAGGGAAUGAGAAUCAGACGAAAGUGACCUGCAGCACCUCCUGCAGCUUGGGCUCUCAGUAUGUCUGGUACAAGAAUGGACAGACUCUACAAGGCAAAACCACAGCCUCCAUACUAGUCCCAGGAGAUACCCAGGCCAGUUACUCCUGUGCUGUGAAAGGUCAUGAAGCUCUACAACCCCCUGCAAAGUGUGUUCCAGAUAAACUGUGCUGGGGUGUGACCUACUCCGUUGAGAAUACCUGUGUAUUAAUGGGCUCAUCAGUGGACAUUCCCUGCACUUACUUACAUCCAAAACGCCAAAGCAUCAACAACACAUUUUGGUUUAAGAAACAAAAAAUGAACAAUCACCCUGAAGAUCUCAUUUUGAUAGACACGUAUAAAAAUCAUGUGGAAUAUCUUGGAGACAAAAAAAGUAGCUGUACCCUGAAACUGAAGGACAUCAGAGUCAGUCACUCUGGAGAAUAUGCCUUCAGGUUUACAACCAAAGAGCGAGAAAGCUACUCUGGAUUACCAGGAGUCAAUAUAUCUGUAACAGCUCUACAGGUGUUCAUAUCUCCUGAAACAGUGGAAGAAGGACAGGAAGUGACCUUCACCUGUAAUUAUACCUGUACUCUAAGUAGCAACCCCACCUUCAUCUGGUACAAGAAUGGACAGCCUGUGACCUAUAAACACACAGCCAGAGACAACAAGCUGCAUCUAAACCCAGUCAGCAGUGAGGAUGCAGGCAGUUACUCCUGUGCUGUUAAAGGGCAUGAGAGCCAUUCCUCAAAUAUCGCUUCUCUCAACGUGAGAUACAAGCCAACACACGUGUCCGUUUCCAUCAUCCUCUCUGAUGAACUAAAGGAGGUAACUUCAGUGACUCUGACCUGCAGCAGUGAUGCCAACCCUGCAGUGCACACCUACACCUGGUACAUGAAGAGUGGAGUUGAAUCUCUUGUUAGGGGCACAGGGGAGAGCAUCAGCUUCAAUGUGACCUCUGAUACCAGUGGACUUUACUACUGUGAGGCACACAAUGAACUUGGCUCUCAGAACUCUGGUGAUGCUGCAGUUCCUCCCGAAGAGGUUGUUGCCAUGAUCCUGCCAGCUAUAAUCACCAUAUUAAUAAUUCUUGCUGUCUUGCUGAUGCUUGGAAUUCUGCACUUGAGCAAGAAGAAAGCUAAAUUGACUGCAGACAGAAGGACCAAAAAUGCAAACACACAGAGUGACUCAGAUCUCGUGUACAGCACCGUUACAGUAAGAGCCACGACCUCUGACCCCACACAGAGAGUGACCACACAUGAUCAAGAUGAUGUUCACUACGCCAGCCUUCAGAUCAAUCGCUCCAAAAGACAGGAAGUGCCUCUAUACUCCGCUGUCCAGAAGCCUCAAACCUCUUCACAGGAUGAUGACAUUGCCUACGCUUCAGUCCAGUUUCAAAGAGGGAGUGCUGCCACCAGAGCUGCGGAUGACAGUGUGAUCUACAGUUCAGUCCACACGUCCUGACCGGCCUGGGAAUCAGCUGACCAGAAAUACCCUCAGGUCAUCUCAGCCCAGGCAGAACAUUUUCUAUUUUACAUGCUGUUCAAUUAUUUGCCAUCACUUAGAUAGAUAGAUAGAUAGAUAGAUACUUUAUUGAUCCCCAAGGAGAAAUUCAAGGACUUCCUCUGUUUGGUUAAACAAUAUUGUUCACUGUCAUCUAGCUUCAUAGAACUACGUGUUGCCUUUGCUAUCAUAUCCAUUCAGAUUUGCUUCAAAUGUAAGUUUGUAUGACAAAAUUAUAUUUAAUAUUUUCUCUGGGUCUUCUUUGUGUAUGCAUUGAAAUGCAUUUUUGUCUUUAUCAAAUGAAUACAUUUGCCUGUGAUUUGUAUAUAGGCCCUCAUUUCAAAUAGAAAAAAGAGACAACAAUCAUGGACGGAAGAUACUUUAUUGUUUAAAAUAUGUACAGAUUGCAAACAAAACAGCCUUUAAAAAUGACAUUUACACAACACCUUAAAGCUGUGAACUUUAACUGAGUGACAUUUACACUGAAAGGGCAGAAACGGUUAACUCUGAGUGAAAAUAUGAGCAGAUCUUAUCUGACUUCUGCAUGAUUGGUAUUUUGUGAAGUAACCUUGCAUUUUAUUGCUGUGAAUCAUAUUGUACUAUCCAUUGGAGAAACGUCCAAACAUGCAGUUGCUCAACAGAAAAAAG